ACCCUGACACAGACAUGAUGGGACUCAGAUGGGACUGAAUCCAAAUGUAGGCGGGACAUGAAUACCGAGUAUUCGUGAGGAAGUUUGGCAAUUUAGACACUAGGUGGCGGUCUCGAUUCUUAAAAAGUGUGUCCACUGGAACUAUUUGCGAAAGAAUGCGCACCAAGGGUUUUAGGAUCAAUGUGGAAUAUUUGCUUAGACUCUCAGACGAGGUGUUGUUUUCCCUGUGGAUAUUCAGGCUGCAGCUAUGUAUCCGCCGCAGACAAUGACAUUAAGCGUAUUAUGUUCAAAUAUACAUGUGUUUUUAAAGUAAAGGGCUAAUGUGACCAGUAGUAAUAACAGAGCACCAGAAGCUGGAGUAAACCGCGUCCAGCUGCAGUGGUUGAGCAAUGUGCGGCGGGUUGGAGCCGCCUGCCUGAGAGGAUCCGUCACAGAAACAAACCGCCCCCUCCCACUGCGAGUGCCCCCGCUUCAGAUGUGCAACUCAAAUACAUAAAGCCUCCAUGUUGCACAGGGGACGUAGGACCAACACACAGCUGCUGUUUGCGUGGAGGAGUUAGCGAACUUCAGCGUUCAACAACUUCGCGUCUGACACAUGUUUGUUUUGGGACCAGAACCAAAUUCUCCGCAGGGCUCUCGUCGUUGUUCCAGUCACGGCCUCACGUUUGUGGAUGACCCGCAGCAUUCGCGGCUAACCUGCUAACCCAAGCUAGGUGCUAUCUUGAGCUAGUUAGCAAUUCAGUGUCGUUUGUUUUUGUUUUGUAUUUUUAGCAGCACGUGUGUGUCCGCGUCGCCCACCAAAUACUUCGUCUGCAGCGAUGAUAUUUUGCGGAGAGCCGUAAAUGACAGCCACUCGCCGGCCUCCAUUCACCACAGUGCUAGCUGACUGGCUACCCCCGCUGCCCCAACGCUUUGCCACGGACUGUUGCCUGGGCUUUGUGGGCUAGCUGGUCAUCCCCAUUUUGAACAGCUAGCUAGUAGUAGCUAGCGAACGAAGCCAGCGCGCUAGUACGAAUAACAUUGUGGGAAACGAAACAGGAAUAACCACCCGCCUAAAUGGACCACAUGUCCAUUAUAACCCAGGUCUCCAACCCGAAGGAGGAGGAAAUCAUAUCGUUCAACCAAGAAAAAGCAUCCCAGUCAAAAAGCAGCCUAAAGAAGCAGAGGAGCCGGAGCAUCUUCAGCACAUUCUUCUGCUGCUUCCGAAACUACAAUGUGGAACCACCAGCCACCAACACAAACACCAGCUCCCUGCCUCCACCUGUUGAGGAGAACGGAUCGCCUCCUAAAUGUGACCAGGUCGAGGUCAUCCCUGUCCCUAGUCCACCAGCAAAAUACCUCCUGCCAGAGAUGAAAAUAUCUGACUAUGGCAAAAAGUGUGUGGUGAUUGACCUAGAUGAAACACUUGUCCACAGCUCAUUCAAGCCCAUCAGCAAUGCUGAUUUUAUUGUUCCAGUGGAGAUCGAUGGCACCGUUCAUCAGGUGUAUGUGCUGAAACGACCCUACGUGGAUGAGUUUCUUCAGAAGAUGGGGGAGCUGUUUGAAUGUGUGCUGUUUACAGCCAGUCUUGCCAAGUAUGCAGACCCUGUGGCAGACCUUCUUGACCAGUGGGGUGUGUUCCGAGAACGACUCUUUAGAGAAUCCUGCGUUUUUCACAGAGGAAACUACGUCAAAGACCUCAGCCGGCUUGGACGAGAGCUCAGCAAUGUCAUCAUUGUUGACAAUUCACCCGCCUCUUACAUUUUCCACCCAGAAAAUGCUGUCCCAGUCCAGUCCUGGUUUGACGACAUGAAUGACACAGAGCUCCUGGACCUGCUGCCUUUCUUUGAGGGACUCAGCAAAGAAGAGGAGGUUUACGGGGUCCUGCAGAAUCUGAGGAGCAGGUAGCAGGACACAUGACAGCGCAGCCUGUGCUCUCGAUACUCUAUCGAUCCCUGCGAUCUCUUUCUACAGCCAAGACUCAGGCAGAUCCUCCCACAUGCGGCCCUCUUGUCUCUGCCCCAAGGGGACGCCUUGGAGUCUCACUGUGGAAACCUUAAUCCUGUCUCCGCUCUCGUCGCCUGGUGAUUGGCUGACUUCUGUGUGCCAUCAUACGAAAACAAACACUUACAAUCCCAGGAGCACUGUGUCUGACAAGAAUCGCACACACAUGAAAGUGUACAGAGCGACCUAAGUUGGUAAUAUCGGGGACAAAAUGCUAAGAGGAAUGAACUCUGGUCUUUAUUUUCAAACCAACCAUGUUUUACUAUUCGGUAAAGUGCUUAUUUUAAAACCAAAAAAAACAUAUUUUUGUCUGAACUUUCUUUUGUGGUACCACAAGAGUCUGAAAAGAUUUUGUCCUCGUAUUGUUGCUAUGCAGGCAGUUUCUGGUAGUAGAAAGGACUGUGAUUCUCUUUUCUUACUGAAUGAAGUGCCUUGUGUGAAUGUUGUUUAUAUGGAAAGAUAUUUUGUACAUGGCAUAUUUCCUGAGUACUAAAGUCUUUUCACAAACACCCAAUAUGCUUUAAAGUGGACACAGUGGUAUCUUUAUACUAAAGUUUUGCUUUUUUUCUGAUCAUCGCUGGGUAAACGUCUCAAUAUUAGCCUCUUUUUUUUUUUCCUAGUCUGCUUGUGCCAUUAUAUAGAUGUGAUUUAGUUUCUUUCUGCUUUCAUUAUGCAUAGAAAUAGUUAUUUUGUUUUAGGCAACAAAGUGUGUUUGCUCUUUUGCAUUUGAUAGUUUUGAGCUGAAGGCUCAGAUAAUAUUGUGGCGUUUGUUUUUUCUGUCUCUCAUUACUCCCACUUAUCUCAUUGUAUUAUUUGCCAAAUAAGGAAAUUAUUUUUUAACAGGCUUCAUAUCUUUAAACAGGGGUUCAGUUGUAUCUGUGAAACCAUUAGUACUAAGUAUAGCAUUAUAGGUUUUGUUCUUUUUGACAGGUAUAUGUCAAAUUCAUUUGUAUGUUUUUAAUGUUAUGAGGUCCUUGUUACGUCAUGCUUAUCAGACGGCUAGCUCUUAGCACAUUAUUAUAAUUUUUUUUUUAUUUUACAAUUUGUUUGGGCACACUAUAAAGUGGUGCAACUCCACUCUUAGGGAGUAAUCUUUCUCCUAAAUUGUACACGGUUUGUUAAUUUUAAAUUUCUCUUUUUUUUCAGUGGUCUGGGUUCUCUCGUUAAAUGGGUUGAGUGCCAUGUUUAAAUUUUGUCAUGGUUAGUUUCUUUGGGGAAUAUAGGGUUAGUGUCUGAUAAGAGUCUGGGCAGUGUUGAAAUCACACCAUGCUCUCCUGAUUUACAUACAGUGAAGGUGAGGCCUCGUCCAGCCCUGGUGUAAAAUCAGCAGAAACGAUGUGUGAUGUUUACCCUCAUGACUUUAUUAUAUUUUUAACUGCUCUUUCACCUCAGUGCCUAUCUUUAAGAGGAGCCACACAAACCGAAUGCUGCAACAUUAGCUACCAUGGCAAUAUACCUUUUUUUUUGUAGGAGAGUUUCCAUACCAAGUUUUUGGUUUUGGUGUCAAGAGCACUUGACAAAACUAACCCCAGGAUUGGUUUGUUUACAGUUGAGCUUUCAGUGUUCGUCAAUGAACAUACUUUUUUCACAUUAUUCGACCCAAAAACUGAAUCAACUUAAAUUUUGCUUGUUUCAGCAACAGCCGCCAAAUAACCUUGUGUAGUUGAGUUCAUUGCCAGUCGUCCGCUUUUGUUGUGGAAGAAAGUAAAAAAAAAAAGAAUGGACGCCUUCCAAACCUACAGUUGGGUGCUCAGUCCUGGCCCAUCCACAUGGAUCCUCACUCAUCAGGGGCAGCUCUACAUGAAACUACUGGGCCACUGCAAAAAGGACUGUAAAGAACCUCAUUACGGUAUUGAUGCCUUACUGCCUGUGGAGGCACAAAGCAAUGUUUCAUUAAUUCCGAGAUCACAUCUACUCGUUUUAGCAUCGCCUCAUUAGUCGUUUUGUCAUGGAGUGUGCAAACCGCUCGGCCAUGUAUCUGCACCAUACAUGCUCAAGUGAAAUAACAUUGUGAUACAAUAAAAUGAAGCAAUGAAGUGUGAAAAAGCUCUGUUGUGCCAUCCAGGGAUUGUACGCCCCAACAAACUUCAUUUGCUUUGUUGCUUGGUUUAUGGGUCAUGAUGUCAUAGUAAAACGAGACUGCUUCAUAAGUUCCACCAAUUUUUUUCUUUUUUUUUGUCCAAUUGGAAGGCUGCUGCUCUGUCAGGUGUAUUAUAGCAUUCUUUUGCAUCAAGCAUCUGUGUUGGUGAUGAGGGUGUCAGUGCAAUGUCCUUUUCUAAGAAGUGUUCGGCCCACUCUUCUCAACCUCUCGAUGAUUACCUUUCUCUGAAGAUGUUGUUUGUAUCAUUGUGAUAUUUUUCUACCUACCUUUUUAUCAGUAUUUGGUUUUAAAAAUCACGUAUUACCCACCGUCUCCGGUUUUCUGUUCAUCUUUCUUGCCUUUGGUAAGAGUUCUCAGUCAGGUCUCAUCUUUCCUAUCAGGGGACACGUUUGGCGUAUGUGUGUGUUCGCGUCCUUAAAGUUUUUCUUUGUCACCUCACUCUAAUUUACAUAUUCAUAAUUUUGUAUUGAUUUAACACCAAAGUUCUACAACAAUUGAGUUCAAGUCACCGCAGGUGUUACACUGUUCUUGGUUAUGUUGAGUGUUUUUAAUGUCUCAUCAUCCUGAGCAUCAUUUUUUUGUUUUCCUUCCAUAAUAAAAGGCUUCAUUGAAAA